AUGGAGCAUGCCGCGGCUGCGUUUGCGAAGGACAUGAGCCAGCAGUGCGCCGUUCCAGUGACCGUUCCGUUGAGUCGUGGGUGGCAUGGGGUUGUGGGGGAGCUGCUCCAUCGCUUGUACGUGAUGGCUUCGUUGAAGCGACUCCUAGUGCCCGAGAUUUUCCAAGAAUACAGCGUUUCCAAGACGGAAGCGAUCGUUACGAUGGACGGGCUGGAAGCGAUAGUCUUGUUGGUGACUGGAAAAGCCAUGACAUCCAUUGAGCGGCAGCACAUUCAAGCGCUCUUUCCAUCUGGAGAAAUUCUGUGUCCGAUCUUGCAACCCAAUCCUGAAACCACCAAGACGAUCGACGCCAUGAGGAACGUGGGGCCGUGGUACAAUGCGCUUCAUGGUCGUACCCUUCGCGGCCAAAACCAACCGCGAUGUCGACACACGUCCUUGUCGAAAUGGCUUGACAUGCCGCUAUUCACGUGGAUCAAAUCUAUCAACCAAGGGCGUUGCCAAGUCGCAAAGUACAGUAAAACCCUCAUCGAUAUGGGCUUGUACACGGUCAUCCAUCUUGCACAAGCUCAACCAACGCUUCGCCCACAAGAUUUCAAGGAGCUAGAGCUGAGUGAUCGUGGCACUCUUAUCUUUGAGCUUUUCGGGCUGCGAUCCAGUGUCGAACGUGCCGCUGGAUCAAUUGUCCAAGGGGCUGGCCGAGUAGUAUUUGCACGCGCCAAACUUCGACAGAUGCGCGAGGUACGGCAUUGCGCACGGGAAGACAGGGACGCUGCGAUUGGCCCUCCGUCGAUGCUUCAGCAAGAACUCGCUCGAUUGGACAGGGACCGUGGCAUUUCUGCUGUGUGGGACGCCGUGCUCACCCGCGUCAUGUACCAAGUGGACAAAACGACCCCACCUAUGGACAAGUUCAUGUGUAUCCCCAUUCGGACUGAAUUGCGUCAGCGCACGAACGUCGCCGCCUCCGUCAUCCAGCAGACCGUGCGAAUUCUGUUAUGACGACAAUCCUUAACAUCAAAAAAACUCAACAUUGUUGAUCUGCCACGUCAUAUUAUAUAAAUUCACACCAUAAACAAGUAAAAUUGAAGUGGAA